AUGUGGAAGAAGUCUUCUGCAGCUCCUACGAGGGAGAUACUAGUCAACCCUGGAGAGUGGGUGCGGCCCCUAGGCUACCAGGAGACGUUCAUGGCUGUAGGAGGUGACUACGGCACCCUCAACACUGUACAAGGACUGUGGCUCUCCUCCACACAACCCAUCCUCCCAGAGGAGGUUUGGAAGGCAAUCUCCAUCGUUGCUCACCGAACACACGUGCUACAGCUGCGUGUGGAGUGGCGGGGUCGCCAGCUCUGGUUCCGCAGAAUUAAACGCCUCAUAAUACCUUUCAAAGUGGAACGUGAUGACGUCAUGUUUGUUUAUUACAAGACCCUUUGGAUGCCUUACGAAAUGUCCCGCGGGCCACUGUGGAGGGCGCGGCUGGUGCCCCUUCCUCCGCGGUGUCCUGGUCGCUACGAAGCCGUCCUGGUGAUCGCUGCUCAUCACUGCAUCACGGACGGUGUCACCAACAUGGUGUUGUGCCGGGAGACCCUGCAGGUGCUCAACGCCAUCAUGAGCGGCCGUCAGCCCACUGUGACCUCCCGACUGGUCAUAUCAAACAUCGCCGAGGACCAAGUUACCGUUCAAGACAGGUUGUUUGUCCUGAAGAAUUUUUGUUGCAAACUUUAUGGCUUAUUGAUGAAAAACUAUAGUACAAAAUUUUACUUUAACGGGGCUUUUCAGCAGCCGGCGACAAAGCAGGCAAUAACAAAAGUUCUGCACAAGGAGUACACUGUGGAGACAUCGCGGCUGCUCUUGUUAAGGUGUAAAGAAGCCGGAGUUACGGUCCACUCGUGUGUCGUAGCGGCGGCAAACUUGGCUCUCUUACGUGUCGCCCAGAAACAGUCGUCGAGGGAUAUUGAUGAAGCGCUUAUCAGAGUAAUGAACUGCAUCAACAUGCGUCAUUACUAUCCUCGAGCGUGCAAGGAGUCUCCUGGCUGCCACAUCUCUCUGGACGAACAGGAACGCCUCAUCCUCAGUAGCGACGCCAGCAGUAAGGAAGACUUCUGGUGUUUGGCGUAUCUCUUAAACAAGGACCUGAAGAGAAGUCUCAUUGUGGACACAAUACCUAUAAAAAACUAUCCACUCUGCCGGUUGUCCACUCUCAUGCUUCACAUCAACCACAAGUUGACGCGACUAGGACGCAAGCAUCGUACUGAUUGUCACUUCGUCACUAUGAACAUGGGGAACCUCCGAGACCUGCUGCCAGGUAAAUAUGAUGGACCUGUGGAGAUCACCAACCUCUUGAGGUCCGUCUCUAGCGAGAUUAUGGGUCAUCCAUUUACUCUGAACUUCCACACCUUCCUGGAACGCUUUAUGAUAUCCCUGGACUACUACACUACCAAAAUGACGGAUGAAGUGGCCGAGCUGAUCUUCUCCACACUCACCAACUAUAUCAACAACAUUGCCCACCACGGCACCGUCUUAGUGAACCCUGAAGCCUAAUGUUGUGAUGAACGACAUGCGAGAUUAAAAAAAGACUGAUGCUACUUUCCGAUUACAUUUUUAGUGUGUGGAUAGGCAGGCUGGAGGGUUACCCAGUAGACAAAAUAUAGAAGUUCUUGCGAGGCAGGAUCAAGUAUAACAUUUGGGGUUUACGGCUCAUGCUCGGUGAUGAU